GCCAAAGCCACACAUUCAGCGGCUCAUUUUAGCAGAAUAUUUGCCUUCAAAGGAACUCUUCAGAGGAGCAUCUUUUCUUCUUUAAAGUUGGUAGAGACCUAGAAUGAAAUGUUAAAACUGCAAUUAUUGGGUAAUAUUGGGAAAGGGCUCGUUACAACCAAGUCUCUGUUCAAUAAUCGAAACCCUAGACCUAAGCUUCAUACCUGCAGCAGAAUUAUCAGAUCAUCUUCAUCAUCGUCGUCAUCAAGUUCUGUGAAGCUCCCAAAGGCAAUGGCAUCUGAUGAGGAGAAUUAUAUGUUUGGUCCAUACAAGAUACAUCUGAAUGAAGUGUUCUAUUCUACAAAGCUCUCUUUUGCUAUGGUUAAUCUCAGACCUCUUCUUCCUGGUCAUGUGCUUGUCUGUCCAAGACGUGAAGUGAAGCGCUUUGUUGACCUCACUUCUGAUGAGACUAGUGACUUGUGGCUCACAGCACAAAAAAUAGGUGGUACACUAGAACAUCAUCACAAAGCAUCUUCGCUUACUUUCACGAUCCAGGAUGGACCUCAUGCAGGACAGACAGUACCUCAUGUACACAUUCAUAUUCUCCCAAGAGCGGCGGGUGACUUUGAGAAGAAUGAUGAGAUUUAUGACGCUUUAGACGAGAAAGAGAAGGAAUUGAAACAGAAGCUUGACUUGGAUAAGGAAAGGAAAGAUAGGAGCUAUGAGGAAAUGGCUCAAGAGGCUGCUGAAUAUCGAAAACUUUUCUCCUAGGGACAUUAACUAUAACAUGUGGUGCAACAUAAUUCUUAUAUUAAUUUGGCAACAAUUUUCUGGAUGUGAUUAAAGUCUAAAAGUACGACUCAUUUUGGAAGUAAGUUCCAGUGCAACAUUGUUUUGAACUGGUAAUGAACUCAUCAUUUACAACCUCAAACUGCUCAAUAUAAAUGGCUUUAUUUUGUAUUAGUUUAUCAGGA